CCUUGAGAACUGUAUGUAUUCUCAGCUAGUUAUGGUUAUGAAAAGAUGUUCUGUUAGCUGAGAUUUUGUUUCAAAUUACAUACUGUUUCAAAGAACUGCCUUACAUAACACAUAGGUUUCAUUGUACAUCAAUGAUUUAGCUGUUGGACUCCUUCUUUGGUGUUCAUUUUUGUAAACCUAUUAGCUCCAAAGUGUAAUUUUUUGUAAACCUAUUAGCUCGAAAGUGUAACUCCGAUAAGUUGCAUAAACAAAUAAACAAUGAAUAGCAAAUCAUUUUGUUCAGUAAUCACAUGUUGCAAGUGAGAUAGGAUACUCUAAUUUCAUCCUUUCUCACAAGAUGUAGAGCAGUUGGUAUUAGGUAGAUUGCUAUACACCAUGGGACCUGACUCAUUAGCCUUGGACUGUGUCUUCUUCUCAACUGCUCUUCCUUUUUUUUUUUCUGUUUGAAGUGAGCAAUUUCUCUAUUUAAGGCCUCAACUUUCAGUAUUAACUUCAAAUACACAACUUUCUCAUCAAGUUACGGUAGAUAUUGAAUGGCUUCCUUCUACUUAGCUUCUUUCUGCAUGAUGCUACUGAUCAAGUUUUCAGUAACAUUUGCAAGUGGAAAUGUUGUUUCAAACAAGUUGGAGGAAACAUGCAUUGAUGGUGUAACCAUCGCGUUAAGUUUUGGUUUGUACCUAAACAGCUGCCCAGAAGCUGAAGCUAUCAUCUUUUCAUGGGUGGAAAGUGCAGUAUCACAAGACCCCAGAAUGGCUGCUUCCUUGCUUCGUCUUCAUUUCCACGACUGUUUCGUUAAUGGAUGUGAUGCAUCAGUACUACUGGACGAUACCCCUAAUUUUAGCGGAGAGAAAACAGCUGCACCAAACUUGAACUCAUUAAGGGGUUUUGAAGUAAUUGAUUCCAUCAAAGCUGAUCUAGAAUAUGCUUGUCCCCAGACUGUAACUUGUGCUGAUAUUCUUGCUAUUGCUGCUAGAGAUUCUGUUGUCCUGUCAGGAGGCUUGGGGUGGGAAGUGCAAAUGGGAAGAAAGGAUAGUUUAACAGCAAGCAAAACAGCAGCAAAUAACAAUAUCCCAGGACCAAACUCAAAUGUAGCCACUCUUGUUUCCAACUUUCAAAAUCUUGGGCUUUCUCUUCAAGACAUGGUCACUCUGUCAGGUGCACAUACUAUUGGGAAGGCCAGAUGUGCUACAUUUAGCUCCAGGCUAAAUAACAAUAAUGUGGGUAUUAGCAAUUCAGACAUGAACUUGGAUUUCUUGCAGUCACUGCAACAACUGUGCUCAGCUAACAAUAACACCACACUAGCAAAUCUUGAUGACAUGACCCCAUCAACGUUCGACAAUCACUACUACGUUAAUCUUCUCUCAGGAAAAGGCUUGCUUGUUUCUGAUCAAGUCCUAGCAACUGGAGAUGAUGACAACACUAGAGAAAUUGUGCAGAAUUAUGUGGACGAUCCAUCUGCAUUUUUUGAGGAUUUUAAGAACUCCAUGAUCAAAAUGGGAAGCUUACCACCACCAACUGGAACAAAUGGCGAAAUCCGUGUUAACUGUAGGGUGGUUAAUCAAUUUAAUUAUUAAUUAAAGUUGGACGUACCCACAGUGGCCUAAUUUGUAACGUCACCAUUACUAUUGAUAUCAUUCUAUAUAUGCUAUGCCUAUGCGUGUUAA